AUGCAAAUCUUUAGUCUAGUUUACAUUUUGCUUUUUCUAUCUUUCCUCUUUUUGCUAAGAAAAUGGAAAAACUCCAAUAGCCAAACAACUAAAAAAUUACCUCCAGGUCCAUGGAAACUUCCUUUUAUAGGAAGCAUGCAUCACAUUGUUGGUGGAUAUCCACAUCAUGUCCUUAGAGAUUUGGCCAAAAUAUAUGGUCCUCUAAUGCAACUUCAACUUGGUGAAGUUUCUGUUGUUGUUGUUACUUCUUCUGAGAUGGCUAAACAAGUACUAAAAACUCAUGACCUCGCUUUUGCAUCUAGGCCUAAACUCUUGGUCACGGAUAUUAUCACUUAUGAUAGUCGUGACAUUGCCUUUAGCCCCUAUGGUGACUAUUGGAGACAAAUGCGUAAAAUUUGUGUCAUGGAACUGUUGAAUGCAAAGAAUGUCCGGUCAUUCAGCUCGAUUAGACGUGAUGAGGUUGUUCAUCUUAUCGACUCUAUACGAUCAUCUUCAUCUUCUGGAGAGCCAGUUAAUUUUACAGAGAGGAUGAUUUGGUUUGCAAGCUCCAUGAUAUGUAGAUCAGCAUUUGGUCAAUUACUAAAAGAGCAAGACAUAUUUAUAAAACUAAUUAGAGAAGUAAUAAGAUUAGUGGCAAGUUUUGCAAAUCACAAGACUAGUGAUGAUGCAUUGGGAGGUGGUGAAGACCUAAUUGAUGUCCUACUAAGACUUAUGAAGGAUAAAAGUCUUCAAUUUCCCAUCAACAACCACAAUAUCAAAGCUAUUAUUAUUGACAUGUUUACUGGUGGAACGGAAACUACAUCAACAACAACUAUAUGGGCUAUGGCUGAAAUGAUGAAAAAUCCAAGUAUAUUCGCCAAAGCUCAAGAAGAAGUGCGAGAAGCCUUUAGAGAUAAAGUAAAGUUUGAUAAAUAUGAUGUCGAGGAGUUGAAAUACCAAAAGUUAGUCGUUAAAGAAACUCUAAGACUCCAUCCACCAAUUCCACUUUCGAUCCCAAGAGAAUGUAGGGAAGAGACGGACAUAAACGGCUACACUAUUCCUGUGAAGACUAAAGUUUUGAUUAAUGUUUGGGCAUUGGGAAGAGAUCCAAAAUAUUGGGAUGACGCGGAAAGCUUUAAGCCAGAGAGAUUUGACCAGUGCUCUGUGGACUUUAGUGGUAAUAAUUUUGAAUUUCUUCCCUUUGGAAGUGGGAGGAGGGUUUGUCCUGGGAUAUCAUUUGGUUUAGCUAAUAUUUAUUUGCCAUUGGCUCAAUCGCUUUAUCACUUCGAUUGGAAACUCCCUACUACUGGAAUGGAGCCAAGAGACUUGGACUUGACUAAAUCGGAUGGAAUAACUACUAGUAGAAAAAAUGACCUUUACUUGAUUGCGACUCCUUAUCAACCUUAAGUGCAUUUAUCUUUUUAUCAAGUAAUAAUG